AUUAGUGUAUCAUGUGUGUGCCGUGUGGUGGAACGGUGGAAGCUCCCGUUGCAUGGUACUGCCACCAACUGUCACCAACGUGAGUUGUCAUGAGUGCUCGUGUCAAUGGUGUCAAGUGUCAAUCAGUGUCAACAUUUCUCGUACCGUAUAAAAAUUCGCGUAUAAAUUAAGUAAAUUAAUUUAUCAAUGGCGGCGAUUGAUAAAGUUAAAAUUAUCGUGGUCGGCGACUCAGGUGUCGGUAAAACAUCGCUGACACAUCUAAUAUGCCAACAGCAUCCUAUCAGCAAUCCUUCCUGGACGAUAGGUUGCUCGGUGGAAGUCAAACUGCAUGAGUACAAGGAAGGCACGCCGAAUCAGAGAAGAUACUUCGUCGAACUAUGGGACGUUGGUGGUAGCCAAAGCCACAAAAACACUAGAUCUGUGUUUUACAAUCCCACAAAUGGCAUAAUAUUAGUCCACGACUUAACAAAUCGUAAAUCACAGCAGAAUCUGCAGAAAUGGCUGGAGGAGGUUUUAAGUAAAGAUGGAACAUCUUCAAGGUCCAAAUCGUUCGAGGACUUUGAUCCUGAGAAGUUUGUGGGCUCGACGCAGAUUCCAAUUUUAGUUAUUGGUACAAAACUCGAUUUAAUCUCAGAAUCCAAGUCCGUUAAAUCGAGUAUUCACAGACGUUCCGCGACCAUCGCGGAGGAGUGUGGUGCCGACGAAAUAUUUUUGGAUUGCCAUCAGAUAAGAUCUUUAGCGGCAGGCUCUAGUUCGUCCGUGAAACUUAGCAGAUUCUUCGAUAAAGUUAUUGAAAGACGAUACUAUUCCUCCAGAGAAGCGCUCAGUCCCGACAAGCGAAGACCGCCAUUAUACACUUCCUCGCUCUAUCCAAAGUUUUAUCAUAACGAUUAAGUGUGUUAUGAGUAUCAUACUGUACUAAGAUCUCAAGAAAGAUCUUGUUUCGCAUUGCACAAGAUGAUCAUUCUUUGUAACGCAUAGGAUUACGCGGAUUAACUAUUGCAAGGUCAUCAAUCUCGCAUUUCUUAUCCACAUUCCUAAUCUUCCCAUGAAAGUAUCUUAUAAGAUAUGCUCAAGAAAGAGAAAGAGAGAGAGAGAGAGAAAGAAUGAAUUGUAUGUGUGAACUCGUAAAUAAUGAAUAUAAAUAGGUGAUAUUUUUCACGUGUAUCUAUAUUGUAAAGACAUCGCGUUAUAUACAAAAUACUUAUUUUAUAAUAUAACGCAAUACAUAUCUAUUUAUUAUCUCGUUAACAAGAUCCAUUAUGUAAUCAUUACGUGAAGAAAUACACGUAUCUUUUCAU